CAUCUUCUCGUACAUUUUCCUUAGUUGCUACAUUUCUUCCAUUAUUCUUUUCGUGCCAUAGGAGCCAUGGCCACACCACCUGCUCUCCUCUUCAUCCUUUUCGCUAUUCCGGCCGCCUACGCUGCCGAUUACACUGUGGGUGAUUCGUCCGGAUGGAGUACCGGUGUGGAUUACUCCACGUGGGCGUCCGGGAAGAAGUUUGCUGUUGGUGAUACACUCUUGUUUACCUACGGUGGAUUGCAUUCGGUGGAUGAGGUGAGCAAAUCCGACUAUGACAGUUGCAGCUCGAGCAAUGCCAUUAACAGCUUUAACGAUGGAAAUACUAGCAUUGCACUAAGUAAGGCGGGUGCACAUUACUUCUUGUGUCCCGCAAUAGGCCACUGUAGUCAGGGGAUGAAACUAGCGGUCACGGUCUCUGCUUCGGGCUCCCCCACACCAGGCGGUACACCAUCAACCACGCCGGGCACGCCGAGUACCUCGACGAGACCCAGUGGAGCAACGGCCAAGAUUGGUCACAUGAAUGCUAUGGGGCUUGGAGUUUUGAUGGUUUUGGCACCUUUGAUCAUGGUCAUGGGUUAGGGAAGAGGCAGUGCUUGUUAUAAUCUUUUGAUAGUAUUAUAUGAUUGAGAUGUCGUCAUUUGGUCUGUUAUUUGUAGUAACUGGAGUAGCUGUUUGUUGAAAUUUAGUUGUAUUAGAGAGAUGUUUUGAAAAUAAUUUUAUAUGAUUUUUCACUUAUUUUAA